AUGUUGACUUGGAUCAAACACCGCAGUGGUUUGAGCACCCGCGGCCGGAAGAAGUAUCAGCACUCGAGAACAGACAGCUCGGGUUCUGAUUCUAGCACUUGCACGACAUCCUCGGUGGACAGUGGAGCAAGUACGGUUCGAACAACCAUCACAGCUCAAACUGACCCAGAUGUGUGUACGGAUCUUCGAAGCAACCACCAAGAUCGCAAGAACUCCUGGGAUUCCAAGACGGGGUUUCGCUCUAGAUCUCCCAGCUUCUCCUCAAUCAAGACUUCGGAAUCCCUUCUCAGUUUUGAGUGUAUUGGUGACGAGGCGAUUGCGAUCGCCACAACAGCGACAAUCACGAGGUGUAAAGCGAAUACCUCGGUGAGAAUCGUCGAUCGACCUCGUCUCCGAAGAGCCAAAUCGGAGUUCUUUUUCGACCGGACACCUGGAGCGACGUCGCCGAAGACACAGUCAAAAGAAUUGUGCUUCGAAGGUCGACAGAACUCUCGGGAGCAGGCGAGGUCCAGAGACGGAUUGUGUCCCAUUGGACCUUUUGCACCACACGGCGCUCACGCCUGUCACUACCUCCAUCUUCCCGUGUCACCUCCAGUCGGAGUGGCGCAGUAG